AUGUGUGUUGGUUAUGGAAUGAAGCCUCUCUACCAGACGGAAGUCGAUUCAGUGUGCGAUGGAAUUAAGACCUCUGACCCCCUCUCGGUGAAGAGAAGCUGCAGAAAUCCACAAAAGCAUCUGUCAAAGAAGGAACUGCCAGGACUUUUAACUUGUCUCGAAAUGGCUCCCCGCUCUGGAUACGAUGUGGAAUCCGAGAGCACACCCUUGCUCGGACGCCCGGCCAAGGCAGGAUGGGAAAGGAAACCCUUGUACACAAUGGUUGUGCUUGGUUGCCUCGGGACUAUGGUGGAGUAUUGUCAGCGGGUAAGCCUCUCCGUCGCCAUCGUUGCCAUGACGGGAGCGUAUGGCAACAAGAGUCAGGUUCUCCAAGACCCUUCCUCUACCAGCUAUAAGGACGGAGAAGAGUUCGGCGAGUGGGACGCCGCGACUCAAGGCCUCGUGUUGGGCAGCUUCUUUCUGGGGUACGCGGCCUCCAGCCUGGCGGGGGGGCGGGGGUCCGAGCACCUGGGGGGGAGGAGGCUGUUCGGGGCGGGCAUCGUUGCGUCGUCGCUCUUGGCCCUUUUGUCACCCUCCUGCGCCAGGGCCAGUGCCAAGCUCUUCGCUGUCAUCAGGAUGUUGCAAGGGGCUGCCCAGGGCGUGACUUUUCCUGCCAUCAACGUGAUGUUGGCCACCUGGGUCCUGCCCGCUGAGAGGGCCAAGUUCACCACCAUCGUGUGCUCAGGUUCGCAACUGGGAACUGUCGUGGGCACGAUAGUCAGCGGGUGGCUGUGCUCUUCCAGCGUCUUGGGCGGCUGGCCCCUUGCCUUCUACGUGUUCGGGGCGUCCGGGCUGGUGUGGGCGCUGGCGUGGUGGGGCCUUGUGUCCGAGAGGCCGGAGGACCACCCAGGACUGUCGGAGGCUGAGCUGAAGAGGUUGAAGCUUCACCAGGAGUGUGUCAAGGGAACGGAGGUAAAGCAGCUUCUGGAGGAGGUGGGAGGGCUCUGGGCUGAUACAGUAGAUAUUCCUUGGCUGGCACUCGCGAAGUCCCUUCCCUUCUGGGCUCUGACGGCAGCCACUGUGGGGAAUGACUACGGCCUCUACACCUUGUUGAUGCAGCUGCCCACGUAUCUGCGAGACGUCUUGCGCUUCGACUUGGAACAGAACGGAGUCGUAUCCACCUUGCCUUCGCUGCUGAUGUGGGUCUCUAGCCUCGGGUGGGCGGCGCUGGUGGACAUGCUCACUGUCAAGGGGAAGUCUUCCGUCGUCACUGUUAGGAGACUGUCCAUGGUCGCUGCAUUAUUGGGCCCUAUGUUCGGCCUAAUAGCCAUGUGCUUCGUGAAGUAUGAUGCUGUUCUGACAAUCACUGUGCUGCUGGUCUCCGCCAUCUUAUCCGGCGCGGCGAACAGCGGGUUCCUCUGCUCCCACCAGGACUUGGCACCGAACUUGGCUGGGACUUUGCUGGGCAUCACCAAGUCAGUGGGCGCCGUGGCAGGAGUGAUCAAUCCCGCCAUCAGCAGUUUACUUCUGCAUAGGGAGGAUAUCAUGGUAGCAUGGCGGGAUGUGUUCAUAAUCAGUGCUGCCAUGUACUUUAUCAGUUGCGUCUGCUACCUGGCCUUCAUAUCAGCCGACGUCCAGCCUUGGAACUGCCCGCAUUUUCUUCGAGGGACUUUAAUGGAGGAGAAGGCAGUGGAUUUCGUCACUUUUUCUGUCUCGCUGUCCAACAUGUCAAUUGCUUUCCUGUACACUUUGUCAGUUUCACUUUCACUCUCACGGCCGUACACGGUGUUCACCAAAAGAAAGAAGUCCAAUGAAGUCCUAACGAUGUCGCAGAUGAACGUCCCGCGUGAAUCCAAGAAGGGCGUGAACACUCUGCUUUCGCCAGUCUCAUCGACAGUGGACCACGCAAGCAUACCCGUACAAGAUGUCGACGAUGAAGAGACACAACAACAGAUAUAUUACGCAUGUUCUCCAAAUCGUUUUCUUGAUAUCAUUUCCGUAUCUCAUGUUUCAAGGAAAUAA